UGGCUCAGCCGGCACUUGCCCUCGGACUUAACCUUGUCUUGCGAGCUGAAUCUUAUAAUUACUCCAUCCUCUGAGUUUAUUUUCUUCCGAGAUUCCAGUUGACCUUUUUUUUUCCCCUGGCGAGUCACGAAUUGAGGAAUGUGGUAGAUCGCUGUCCAGUAUUAUCUGACCGUACGUAACCGUUGUAACCUCCGCGACGUGUCAUGCUGCGCAUUUCGACUCACCUUGGACAUCACCCUUGCCUGAGGGAGCCGGCGGACGAAUAAUCAUCGUAAAAAAUAAGGGAGCCGCCGUCUGUCGUGCCAUCCAUCUUUUUUCCCCCGAUCCUCUUUUCCGACAUGGAGGAAUGAAGCGUCAAGUGAUGCCCAACGCGACCCUCAACCUCCCGCCUGAUGUCACGUGCCGUCACGCGAGACGCGGCGUUUUCCCGGGCCAGGAGAAAAUUCGCCGCUCGAUCGAUCCCCAGCAUCUCACGGCGGCACAUCGAGAUAAAAUGGACCAUGUCCGUCAAGUCGAUCCCCCGCGACGAGAGGCCCCUCUUCAACCUGCCAGCCCCCCGAACUGCGUACCCAUGGGCUCCCUCACCGCAAUCGCAGGGCCCCUCGCCGCCCGGUGGUCAGCCCACCCCGACAGGCUCUAAGCCCGCCUCCGUGGCCAUGCCCUCGCUAGAUUUCAAGCAACUACCCACACCGGACCAGAGUACAGUGCCUGUGAUGGCGACAGAGCCUGCCGAUGAUACGACCUCGUCGCCGACCGGGUGUGGCCGUGGUCGGCGGCUCACCCCACAGGAGGAGUUGUGUCUGGUGCGGUUGUGUAUGCUCCAGAUGGAGAAUUACGACGUGACCGAGUAUCCUAAAAGCUUCUGGAUCAAGAUCUCCGAGUUGUUUUUCGUAGAAUGCGGGCGCACGUACUCGUGGCAGUCGUGCCGCCGCCGCAUCGCGACCUAUGUCCGCAACUACCAGGAGUACCUGGACUGGCUCACCAAUGGAAAAGGAGACCACCCGCCAAUCCAUAUUCCGCAGAACGAGGUCUUUCGCCAGGUUGAGGAGUGGAUCGUGGGUUGCAAUGCAAGGGAGAAGGCAGCGCAGCAUCGUCUGGAGAUAGAGAAGGCCCGAGUCGCGGCGGAAGAGGAGAGGCAACGGCUCGAGGAGGAACGCCAGCGACUCGAGGUCGCCCACCGGGAGCUUCAACGAGCCUACACGCAGAAACGGAUCCGUGAUUGGGUCACCAACAACCCGCAGCCGGCGGAGAUGGAGCCUCUCUUCCUCUAUUGGGGCGAAACACGAAGCGCCUCCAAUGCCCGCUAUCGAUCAUCGCGCUCUCGGUCUCGGUCUCGCUCGCCUCACCGAUGCUACUACUUCUGCUACCGGUGCUGCCGCUGCCACCGUUGCCCCUUAUCCUACGCCUACUUACCAGGCUCGACCUCCUUGGGUCGAACGUUUUCGAACCGGCCACCCUAUCACCACAUCAAACCCGACUGCCUUGAGGGCGACUACAACGACUCAACAUGAAGGACUCAAUAAUAGCAUACCCACCUGCAGGGACAAUUUCUCGCAGCUGGGCGGACGCCGCACGUUUCCCUGUCCGAACCCCUCGGCGGCCACGCCCGUCGCUCCCAACCGGAUUGGCAUGAACAACGAAACCGGCACCAGCGCAACGGAGUCGGAAGAGCAAUCUGCGCGGUCUCGGUUCCAAGCGGCGCU